AAGAAUCGAAGACCUGCAGCCAUGGACGGCCUCAUGCGCUACGUGUGCGCGCCGCGGUCGGAGGAGAGCGCGACGAAUGGGAUCAUGGAGCAGACCAUGCGCUGGAUGGGCCCGGACGACCCCGUGCCGCUGUCGACGUUGAAAAUGGCCGGCUGCACGGGCGUCGUCACGGCCCUCCAAGUCCCCGCGGGCGAGGUCUGGCCCACGGCGCUCAUCGAGGAGCGCAAGGCCCUCAUCGAGGCCGCGGGGCUCACGUGGAGCGUCGUCGAGUCCGUGCCCGUGCACGAGUCCGUGAAGCUCGGCUCGGAGCCGAUGCGGAGCCACUGCGUCGCGAAUUACCAGGAGACGCUGCGGCGUCUGGGCGCCUGCGGCGUCGACGUCGUCGCCUACAACUUCAUGCCCGUCGUCGACUGGACGCGCACGGACCUCGAAUUCCCCUGGGCCGACGGGUCCAAGGCCCUCGCGUUCGACGCGCUGGAUUUCGCGGCGUUCGACGUCUGCGGCCUCGAGCGCGCCGGCGCGGAGCGGAGCUACGACGCGGCGACGCUCGAGAAAGCGAAGGCGCGCUGGGCGGCGCUCGACGAGGCGCGGCGAAGCGACCUCGCGAAGACCGUCAUCCGCGGGCUGCCGGGGCAGAUGACGACGGAGGUCGCGGACGGCGUCGAGGGCUUCAAGCGCGUGCUCGCGCAGUACGACGGCGUCGAUGCCGCGGCCGCGCGGGAGCACCUCGCCUACUUCAUCCGGGCCGUCGCGCCCGUCGCCGAGGAGGCGGGGAUCCUGCUGGCCAUCCACCCGGACGACCCGCCCGUGCCGCUUCUGGGGCUGCCGCGCGUCGUGUCCACGGCGGAGGACCUCCGGUUCAUCUUGGACGCGUCGGACUCGCCGGCGAACGGGCUCUGCUUCUGCGCCGGGUCCCUCGCGAGCCGCCCGGGCAACGACGUCGCGGCGAUGGCGCGCGCGUUCGCGGCGCGGAUCCACUUCGUCCACCUGCGGAACGUGAAGAAGGGCGACGCCGUCGCGGACGUCGACGGCAACCCCGUGGCGUCCUUCGUCGAAUCGGACCACCUCGACGGCGACGUGCCCGUCGCGGCCGUCGUCGACGCGCUGCUCAAGGAGAAGGGCCGGCGCGCGGGCGGCGCGCCGAACUACGCGCGGCUGCCGUUCCGGCCGGACCACGGCCACCAGAUGUGCGACGACCUGGGCAAGGCGGGGUCGAACCCGGGCUACACGGCCAUCGGCCGGCUCCGGGGCCUCGCGGAGCUCCGCGGGCUCCAGGUCGCCCUGCUCCAGAGGAGCUAGGCGACGCGCGGGCGAGGUUUUAUACGAGCGCGGGU